AUGAGGACCCUCAAACUUCAGCUCGUCUACUUUCUAACAAGGAACAUCCCUCAGUCGGAUAUCCGAGAGUCCAGAGCUGUUCGGGACGUUGCUUUCGACUCUUACCACCGUCCACUUCUUCUCAGCACUAAGAUACGAUUCCACAAGAGAAACCGAGGAGUAACUCCUCAACCAAAAAUCGACAUGGGAGGUCUGAAAAACGAAGAAUGCAGAACAAACUUCCGCCAACAUGUGACUAUCCAUGUACGGACUAGGAAGAAGCUUUGUGAUACGGAUUCCUUCGCAAAGUGCAUCCAGGACGCUGCAAGGGAAACGCUCCCGGUUCUGUUGCCGCGAAAGAAGUUUGCCUUUGCAUCUGUGGAAACAAAAUCCACGUACAAUUCUGUAUGUAUCAACCGCAACACUGGCGAUUUCAACGAGGAAAAGUGUCUUAGAAGGAAGUUGCGCCAUCAACUGCAACAAGAUCGCGAGAACGAGUGGACGUCAAGAGCAAAGGAGUUUGAAAAGGCGUGGGAAGACGAUAACCCAGCAGAAGACCUGUACUUUAUUGAAGCAGUAUAG